GCUCUGUAGUAUAUUAUAAUAUAAAUGUUAUUAAUUUAAUUUAAGUAAUAUUUUAUAUCGGCAGUGUCAAAUAAGUUUCUGGAAAUUGUUAUGCUUCAAUAAAACAAUUCAGAAAAGUCCAAAACAAAUGCAGAAAAAUGACGCAGUAGUACAACUCAGCGGCGAGUCAGAAUAGGUUCGAUGUAACUUUAUAUUUGUUUUUACGUUCGCGUUUAUUUCAGUUCGAAUAAGAACAGCGGAGGAACAUCGCUAUUAAAGCUGUAAUAUAUCUAUCUUUUUUAAUGCAUGAUUUAUGUAAUCACUACUUUUCUUUAUAAUCUCGCUCUCGAAGUUAAACAUUCUAGUAAGCUAAGACUGAUGUAAAUAAGACUGGUAAGGACGUUCUACACACGAUUAUAUGAAAACAAAAUGCUGCGUUCUUGAAAUUUAAUUUAUAAGGAAAACAUGUAUUUAGUCUUGAAUUAAAAGUCGUCGGCAUCGCAACGAAGUUGCAGAGUAACCUCAAACAAGCGGUUUCUUCAGCAGCGGCUGAAUGCAAUUCAAACGUGCCUCGACUAAUCGAAUAUGGUAUAUAAUUAUAAUUUAAUAUUUAAGAUACAUAAUACUCUUUACUAUGAUACAGAAUAUUAUAAACACAAUUUCGACAAUACAUCGAUAUUAAUAACUUCUUCAACUAAAAUCGCAAUAACAUAAUAAAUAUAUAUAUACACACGCGGAGUGUGCGCGCCGUGUGUCGUGUGCAUGAGGGAUUUAUUACUUUACAAUACACUUGCUAUUAAUCAACUAAUUAUCAAUUGAAUUUCGCAGGCCAAGAGAAUCUCCAAUUAACAGAAAAAUAUUUUCUCCAGACGAACAAGAAAAUUACAAUUGAGCUGACCUAGAACCUCUAAUCAUUAUAUAUAAAUAUCAGAAGCGUAAGUAUUAAUAAAGAAUUGUUUUCUUUAGCAGGGGGAUAAUCUCCCCGCGCUCUUGCGUCAUUAUCAUACGCGCAUGCCGCUAAUUAUUCGUGUAUGUUCGCCCAGUUCGGCGCUCGCUGCGAGGCUACGCCACUUAGCACUCUGCCGCACGACGACGCCGAGUGCACCAAUCGUCGCAGCUGCGCAGGUGUAUCGCACCGGCGGCUCGGCACCUUCUUAUCAACAUCUCCGAGGAGAGGAGAACCAGUCACGCCACGGGGAAGGCUUGGCCUCGGCUCGCUUCUUCCUCUCUUCGUGGCUUCUCCGUUUCUUUUCCCCGUCGCCAAGGACCGCGUCCACAGACGAGUCCCCCGCGCUCCUGAUCGCCGACACCUCGCAUCCUCCGCAGGGCGAACGUUGGACAGGACGAUGCGAUGGGCGAGGGCAAAAGCGACCGUCCCGGCAAAAGGCAAAGAUCCACCUCGCGCGGCAAGCCACCCUUGGAUUCCGAGAUAGCGCACGGCAAGGGCAAGGGGAAAGGACGGAGGAGCAAAGUCAAGGAGAGAUGGCCGUUCAUCGAGGGACUGACGGUGGACGAGCUGGCACGCUAUCGGAGAAGGCGCGUGCAGGAUCAGCCGAAGGACAAUCUCCAGCCCCACCCGGAGUCGGCGGUCCGGGAUCCCGCGUCUGAGUAUCGGCGCGCCUUCGGCGUCACGAGCAUCGAGGAACUUUCUAAGGAAAAUGUUCGGCCAAUAAAAGAUCGGAAACCUGAGGACUAUUUACUCGUAGAAGGGAUCGUCGAGGAUGCACAAUCUCCAUAUCUCACAGAUCUUGCGCAGGGUGAAGCGAUCGAGGAUCAAUCCGCGAAGGAGGACGUUCCCUCUCAACUCGUCGAUGGAAACGAAGCGAUGGAGACAAAGACGGACGUUCCGCAGUUCGAGACCUCGUUUGGACGUCCGCCACUUAUUAGAAGUCGUUAUCACGCUGCGCAAAGGGGCACCAGCUUAAAGUGCGACGGGGAUUUCUACACCGACACGGAAACGUACUCGGCCUACGUGCCUUACGAGGGUCAGCAUCGAGCGGAGCUCGCGCGUCGCCCUACGUCCUUGAAGAUGGAGGGCGAUCUCGACACCAUGACAGAGAAAUGCGAGAAGUUUAUCGAGUGGCUUAACGUCAGCCGACCGGAGCUCAUGCGUGUACCCACGCACCUGAAGAUGGAGGGUGAACUGGAAACGGCGACGGAGAAUCAGGACAAGUACGUUCCCUUCGUGGGCGCGCGAAGGCCGGAACUGUUGAGGCGAGGCACAAACCUGAAGCUCGAGGGCGAUAUCUAUUUUGUGCCGGAAUACACCGAGGUGUUCAAGGAUUACAGUGUCAAAGACAAAUUGCAAUCGAUGAGGCCACAAACGCAUUUAAAAGCUGGCGGAGAGUUCUUUCAAGAUACAGAAAGCACCGAGCACUUUGCUCAUCCUCGAGUUAAACAGAUGCAAGAAACGGCUGAAGAGUUUAAAGACGAUGAGGAUAACGAGGAAGAAAAGAGGUGGAAGAGAGAAGAAGAGGAGAAGCAGAAGAAGGAUGAAGAAAUGAAAAUGUUAGUGUUAAAGUUGGAAGAUCUAAAUGGCCGGCCGCUUGAAAUUCCGGAAUAUCGUGAUGCAUAUAAGAACUUUUCACGCGAGCGGCCGAAGAUCGUGAAGCCGGACGACGAGAUUGGUCGCGCUGACGGUUCGAAAGUGACCUCCCCAUCGCGCUCCAAGUUCUCCAUGAAGAUCGAUCAGGAUCCUGAAUAUCAGUCCAAGUAUCUCCGCGAAGAUUAUCCACGGGACCGUCCCAUCUAUCGCAAACCGCCACUGAUGCUACGACCGACGGGCAUCUCGUCUUCCGGUCGCAGUAGCACGUGUUUUGCUAGGCCGACACAUCAGGAAUGCCGCGCGUUCGAGUACGAACCCACCAGCGAGGUGCGAUCGCAGUACGUUCCUUACGGAUACGUGCCAAGAGUCGAAACGCUGAAGAUGCCGGCGAAUCUGCGGCUGGAGGGUAAUUACGAGCUUCAGCCGGAAUACAGGAAUGCCUAUUGCGCGAGGUACGAUCGCCAGAGCUGCGAUAAACCUAGAACGAUGUAUGGCAGGAGCGACCGCAGUCCGAGCGCGUCUAGGAGACGGGAUAAGUACUGGUUGAGUGAUACUAAUGUUGGUCAGUGCGACAGGAUGGCUGUUGCUCAGGAUUUGGACGCGUUUCGCGUGUUGGAUACGCGAUUUCACGACGACAACGUCACUGGCAAGCCGCCGCCGGCCAGCAGAAGAAGUUCCAGACACUCACAAAUCACGGUGGCGCCGAGGCCGACGCAGUUGGAACUCGCGGACCGUGCGGUCAUGAGAACGCGAUCACCCAGCCCAACGUAUCGUUUACACGUAUGUGACGUCGACAACGAGCCGCGUGGUUUCGGCCGGCAGUCUUCCGGGAGGAUCCGCAGUCCCUCGGCCGAUCGUACGAUUCACGAUAACGUCGCCAGACCGUACUCGCCCAGCUUCGGCAGGACCAAGCAGGAUUGUCGUCGCGGCGACAGUCAGCCGUUUGUCGUCCUAGCCGACGCCUCGAAGGAUGCGUCGUGCAGAAGCGAAAUGCGCAGAAGGCGCACCGACAGGAAUGUCGACGUCACGGUACCAAUUUCCAGAGGAAGACCGAGAACACCGACCAGGUGGAUGCCACCGUGGUACGACAACACCAAUACGAUUUAGCUGAGGUUUUGAGCAAUGUGAGAUCUUGCCUUGCGAAAACGUUUAUUGUAAAACUUGCUGCCUGAAAUCUUUUACGGUAAACGUGAAAGUAAUGAACACUGCCUGCGUAAUUUUAAAUACUUUGAGAGCAAUUGAUUAGAGCGGUUCUUGGAUUUUUGUGUACGUACAAUAUUGCAUCGUAUCGUGACAAAGAAAUGCAGGGAACGAAUAGAUCCGAUGAUCUAUGUCAGACCUGAGAUAUUUAAGGUAUAUUUAUUCAGGUAUUUUUCUCUUAACGCACAAUAAGAAGCAGAAAAAUAAGUAGUCGUAAACAGUGGAAGAAAACAUCGAUGUAUCUCUCUUCGACUCCAAGAAUAUAAAAUAAGUUAUAACUGAAGCUAUUUAAAAAACGCAUUCUUGAAAGAAACUUUGUUUCGUAUAUGUAAAGUUGUUGAACUUAUAACUGGUGCUCUGGUUGAUACGCUGACGUGCGUACAUUGUUGUAGCCGCAAUAAAUAAUAAGGUGCCUCGUACUGCCAAUAUUUGUUAAUUAAUAUUAACAAGUAUCUAUGUACUGAUAAAAUAUAUACAGUGCCUAUAUGUAUAUGUAAUUUCGCAUGCUUUUCUGUUAGAAUUAGAUAUAUCUUGUUAUUUUAUUAUCACUAAAUAAAUAAAUAAAUAAAUACAAUAAUA